AUGGCGUGUCUGUACGCAUGGCAACUGGGCGACUUUGCGCUUGGCCAUUUCUGGCUCAGUCUCACAUGGACACUGCGACACGCGGCUGCCUACCUCUUCCAGACUGCGCCCACCCUUUCGGGGCCUAAAGUGCAAGCCUCAACUACCCUGGCCCCUUGGCUCCGAGCUUCUCAGCUCAAUUUGCGUCGUCAAGGCGAAAGCCAUAAAACAGCCCUUAAUGCGAACAAACGGACAACCUGA